UUAAAUGGGCGUGUCUUUGGCGUAUGGGCGGAUUUUUACUUUAUUUUUAUAAUUGCUGGUUGUGGAAAAAUGUCUUCAGUGCCUGAUGGCAAGAAAUUGGUUCGAAGCCCAAGUGGACUUCGAAUGGUCCCGGAGAAUGGAGCGUUUAACAGCCCUUUUUCGUUAGAUGAACCUCAGUGGGUCCCGGACAAAGAGUGCCCAAGCUGUAUGCAGUGCACCAACAAAUUUGACUUCCUUACAAGAAAGCACCACUGCCGGCGGUGUGGCCGGUGUUUCUGUGAUAAGUGCUGCAGUAAGAAGGUGACUCUUCCCCGGAUGUGCUUCGUUGACCCGGUCCGGCAGUGUGGAGAGUGCAGCCGGGUCUCCCAGAAGGAAAUGGAGUUCUAUGACAAACAGCUUAAAGUGCUAAUGGGAGGUGGUACAUUUAUUGUCACUUUGGGCACCUCCGAGAAGUCUGAGACCAUGACGUGUCGUCUCUCCAACAACCACAGGUACCUCUUCUUAGAUGGGGAGAGCCAUUUUGAGGUGGAGCUGUCUCGGAUCUCCAGUAUGCAGGUGUUGACAGAGGAGUCCACCCCCGAAGAGAAUGACAUUCACACUUACACCAGUCUGCUGGACAGUCAGUCUUUCUCUGAAGGUGGAAACUGUAGGGCCAGUGGCAUGUUGCUCCACUACAAACCAAUGGGCUCUCAGGACCCCAAGCAGCUACGCAUGGAGGCAGCAGAAGACAAGAAAACCGCCUCCUCAUGGCUUGCUGCCAUGCACAAGGGUGCCAAACUGCUGUAUGAAGCUCGGGACCAGUGACUGGGUUAAAUGCGGAAGACACAUUUCAGUUGAAUCUAAUCAGUUGUACAACUGACUAGGUAUCCCCCUUUUCCCUUUCAUUGCUAAGAUGACUAGAGAGUGAGAUGGCACAGACCAAGUGUUUUCUUUCCUACCCUUAAGUCUCUCAUUCUCUAAAUGUAGACAGCAGAUUUUAGCCACACUUCACUUGAACUAUUUGGCCAAUAACCCAUCCUAAUACUGCCAUCUAUGUAAUGCUAUAAUAGACAUAAGACACUUGGCAUAACCCUUUCCCUUCACCACCAUUAAUGUGACAAAUUACCUUAAAAGCAUCAUGUAGGGUCUGUGACACAUAGUUCAAGUGAAGUUUCUUUAUAUAUUCUGUCUAUGCUCUGCUUUCAGUGCUGACAGAUUAUUCACUGAUUCUAGUGAAAUACACUACCGGUCAAAAGUUUUAUAACACCUACUCAUGCAAGUGUUUUUCUUUAUUUUACUGUUUUCUACAUUGUAGAAUAAUAGUGAAGACAAACUAUGAAGUAACACCUAUGGAAUCAUGUAGUAACCAAAAAAGCGUUAAACAAAUCAAAAUGUAUAUGAGAUUCUUCAAAUAGCCACCCCCUUUGCCUUGACGGCUUUGCACACUCUUGGCAUUCUCUUAACCAGCUUCACCUGGAAUGCUUUUCCAACAGUCUUGAAGGAGUUCCUACAUAUGCUGAUUUGGUUGAGAUCAGGGAAUUGUGGAGGCCAGGUCAUCUGAUGCAGCACUCAUCACUCUCCUUCUUGAUAAAAUAUCCCUUACACAGCCUGGAGGUGUGUUGGGUCAUUGUCCUGUUGAAAAACAAAUGAUAAUCCCACUAAGCCCAAACCAGAUGGGAUGGCGUAUCGCUGCAGCAUGCUGUGGUAGCCAUGCUGGUUAAGUGUGCCUUGAAUUCUAAAUAAAUCAGACAGUGUCACCACCACACCAUAACACCACCAUGUUUUACGGUGGGAAAUACACAUGCGGUGUGGGUAAACGGAUUAUCUCCGCAUCUCAAAGACAUGGCGGUUUGAACCAAAAAUCUCCAAUUUGAACUCCAGACCAAAGGACACAUUUCCACUGGUCUAAUGUCCAUUGCUCGUUUCUUGGCUCAAGCAAGUCUUUUCUUCUUAUUGGUAUGGGUUUCUUGGCAGCAAUUUAACCAUGAAGGCCUGUUUCACACAGUCUCCUCUGAAGAGUUGAUGUUGAGAUGUGUCUGUUACUUGAACUCUGAAGCAUUUAUUUGGGCUGCCAUUUCUGAAGCUGGUAACUCUACCUCUGCAGCAGAGGUAACUUUGGGUCUUCCAUUCCUGUGGCGGUCCUCAUGCGAGCCAGUUUCAUCAUAGCGCUUGAUGGUUUUUGUGACUGCACUUGAAGAAACGUUUUGAAAUGUUUUAAGUAAUGAUGGACUGUAGUUUCUCUAAGCUUAUUUGAGCUGUUCUUGUCAUAAUAUGGACAUGGUUUUUUACCAAAUAGGCUACCUUCUGUAUACCCCACCACCUUGUCAAAACAACUGAUUGGCUCAAACGCAUUAACAAGGAAAGAAAUUCCACAAAUUAACUUAAGGCACACUUGUUAAUUGAAAUGCAUUCCAGGUGACUACCUCAUGAAGCUGGUUGAGAUAAUGCCAAGUGUUUGCAAAGCUGUCAUCAAGGCAAAGGGUUGCUAUGUUUUGAUUUAUUUAACACUUUUGGGGUUAUUGCAUUAUUCCAUAUGUGUUAUUUCAUAGUUGAUGUCUUCACUAUUAUUCUACAAUGUAGAAAAGUCAAAAUAAAGAAACUGAAUGAGUAGGUGUUUUAAAACUUUUGACCAGUAGUGUAUAUGUAUGUAUACACAGUUUAUGAAAUGCUUUAAAUCCCAUGCAUUGGAUUUUUGUAUAAACUAUUUUGUUAAAUAUUCCUAUUUUAACACAUGCUGUGUAUGUACUUUUUACUGCUAAAGUAUUUAUAGUUUUUGUAGCACUUGUAUACUUUUUUUUUUUUCUUACAAGAUGACUUAAACAUUUUGUUCUCAUGUUGGCUGGCUUUGCUUAAAUGAAUUGCACAACCUCAACAAACUAGCCCUUUAAUAUAAGGGUAAACUAAAGUGUGAAGCAACACUUUUACUCUUCAGUUUUGUUUGCUUAUAUCCAACUUAUUAUGCUUCACAUACCAAAAAAGUACUUAAGAGGUUUUCAUUUUUGACCAAAUUUAGAAACUUAGUGGUAUUCUAUGGUUUUACCAUUUUGGAUAAAAUGACAAUUUGACAUGAGUACUGCUCACAUAAAAGGCUACACUCCUUAAUCAAUUGUAUUAAUUUGGUAAGAGGCAUGUUGAAAUGGUGUUUGCUGGAUGUGUUUGAGGCAUUGUGUGUCAAGAAAUGGCAUUAAUAUGGUAAUUCAUUAAGGACCUUUUGUAGUCUUUGUUUAGUUCACAAGGAUGUUCUGUAGGAUGCAUUUAUUAUUUGAAAUUGUGUAAUCUUUUAUACAUCCUUGCCCUAUGGUUCCCGAAGUGAUCUACAGGCCUAUUUGAAUGCCCUGAUGCUGGACAUGGAAUCUGUUGCUGCAUGAUGCAGCAGUAUUUGAGAUGGCUCGACUCUAGAUUCUUUCUGUUCUCUACAUUGUGUUCAUUCAAGUUGAAAUUGGAAGUUUUGCACUAAAUGGCAUUGUCAAAUUGAUACAUUCAUUAGUUAUGAAGUACCACUGCACUUUAUGGUCUCCCUUUUUACAAUCACUGACCUAAUAGUAAUUAUAUUACAGUUUCUAAUUGUGUGUCAAUGUUCUCUUAUUGUUAACUCAAAUGAAAGUGUUUGUAAAGGUAUCUUCUCAUAAUAUUUGUAUUUACAAAUCACAGAACCCAUGACAAUGAAAAGUGCAUUAUUAAAUGAAAGGUCAGUAAUUAAUUUUGAAACCAAUUUUUUUCUUGAUAUUUGUCCAAUGUAGUGGUUAGCAAAAUCUAGUAAAUUAUUAAAGCACACUUUCUUUAACCUUCAUUCUUAUGGCUAGGCGUUCUGCUAGCGGCACACUUCGACAACAUUCCGCUGAAAAGGCAGAGCGCGAAAUUCAAAAAUAUUUUUUUGAAAUAUGUAACUCAGACAUUCACAAGUGCAAUACACAAUUAAAAAUAAACGUCUUAAUCUA